GUUGUCUGCCACGACUAGGUCUAUUGUUUACAAAUGGCUGACUUCGUUUCAAAUUUGAAUUUUUGAGAUUUUAAAAUCCAAACUAUACAAUAAUCUCUUGUGAGAUAAAAAAAAAGAUGCAAAUCAUCUGAAUAAAGAGGAAAAAAGAUGGCUACACAUUUCAUCUGCCAGAGCACUGAACCACUGCCGCACACAUACCCAACUGGCCGACAAGGAAAAUCACACGGUGCAGUUUCCCAGUAUGAGGUGUUUAACUGUGGACAAAAACCUCACACUCAGUUUCCUGCUCCAGGAUGGGAUUUCUCACAGACGUCAGAGGAAGAUUCCCUACCUCUAGUACAACCUCCGCCACAACCUCAGACGUCUGGCUUCUACUACCAGGACCCUGAUCUCUGUGUAACACCUGUAAAACCAAAGGUUGCUCUAGGGAAGAGCCUACCCAAUGCUCAACCUAACAAAAUACCUGACCCUGACCUUACACUGACACCAGAGAGGUUUGAUGCUUCCAAGUCUAGGGUUGGGUCUUCUGUUGGCGAUAAGAAUGAUGAAGUUUGCAAAGGCAAGAAACAAAAGGUUCGGUUCGAUUUAGAUGAAUCAGGAACAGAAUUUGAGGUGGGCUCUAGCAUUUUGUCAAAAUCUACACCCAGUAAACCAUAUAGGCCAGAAAUGUAUAAUGAUGAUGAUGAUGACUGUGAUAUAAUUGAGAGUGAUAAAAUCAAUGUAGAUGGACAAACAACCACAAAUGAACAGUCAGGGCCUUCUAGAACUGUGAAAUACAUGGUUGGAAAGUCUAAUGGCCAGUCUUUGUAUAUGCCUAUAAAAGACAAUGUUUGUGAAAACCCUUCAUCUAAAAAUGAUGAUCAAAGAUUUAAUAAACAGAAAGUACAGAGCGCAAACAACAUACCAUCAGGAAACAUUACGGACAUUUCAAAAGGAAGCAGCAGUGUGACAAAAGCUGUGAAAGUUGUUCGUGAGAAGUCGUCAAACACUCAGCAGCAGUCUAUAGCAAGUGCUGUAGAGAGGAAAGGUGAUCCUAUCGCUUCAUGCAGGAUCCCAGAGCAAAAUGGGAAGCCGAGAAAGGCAAAGGUUGUUAGAGCGGCCCAGCAUAGACCAGCUGAUUCAGAAUAUACAUUCCCUUUCAACCAGGGAUGUGAUGAAUACGCAGGAGGGGACGAACACAUGUUGGCACGUCCAGAAUACAACAGCACGCUGCGUGUGAAACUUCAGGCCGAUAAACUGCGGGAGAGUCAGGUUGAUAUUGAAACAGCCCUGCAAAAACAACUUACACUGUCGGAGGAUGUGAAGACUCAGAUAAAUGAAAAGGCAGCCAGCCAUGUGAAUACAGAAGGUGCAGCGUUCACAGGGCUUGUCAGUCUGGAUAUUCCAGCAGACGAGAUCAGUAGACAGCAGAAGCCUGUACGAGCUAAACAGAUGAAGACUCUCAAACCAAAGUCUAACGGCAAUAAGGAGCCAGACUUGAUGGAGUUUUUUUCUGCAGACAGACAAAAAGAGUCGGUUACGUUCUCUCUCCAAGGUUUACCUACAUCUACGGAAAAAUUAUCCACUGCCUCUCAUUGGCGGGCCUUUGACCUAUAUCGACACAAUCGAGCCUGGAACAGUAAUCGGCAGGGGAAAUAAUCGGGCAUUUUUGGACAGUUUUGAGAAAAAUUAUACUAUAAUUAACUGAAGAGAUAACAGUUGUGUAUACUGCGUUCGACACUUUUGGUGUGCUGAGUUCCUGAGAACACAAAAUUACAUUGAGCGACACCAGAAUCUCAAAGAAAGCUGGAUCUAUAGGACACCAGAAUAUUUUGGCAGAAAGUUAGAUAGGAACCAAAAAAACAUGUUAAUUUCAACAUGAGAUUUAUUCACAAACAAAAAAAGAUUUGUUUUGCAUUCUAUUGAGUAUUGAUUUGUAAUGAAUACUUCAUAUUUUGGAUGGAAGCAAAUCUGCAUACACCAGAGGUCAACCUCUCAAACAUCCACAAUGAUGAUGAAAUUGCAAAAACAUGCAAACAAUGAAACCCUGUUGCAAACUCAGUGUGUUUCAUUCACAUGAUACCUAUGAUUAGCUUUCCAUCUUUAUUUUUAGGACUCAAAGAAUUUUGUGAACUUUUUUAAUGCUUCAUAUGAAACACUUAAAAAUUCUAACACAAAGAAGUUAAGAGCCCUUUUACGCAAUGAGUCCUGUGAACUUUUUUUUAAACAGGCAACGACUGGUAUAAAAAAAAGAACAUACUAACACAUAGAAUUUAGAAGAAAACAGGCAAAUUGACAAAUUGUCGAAAGGACUCUUGACUUCAAUUGGUUGUGUCCAUUCAGGAUCCCAUAGAAAUAUAUUUAGUUUCAACACUGUUUAUUUGCAGUAUAUUUUGUUAUUUGUAAACGAAAGUGAAAGAGGGAAAACAUUCAACUUUCAGCCGUCUGUCAUGUUUCUAGAAAUUUAAAAUUUCGGAAACUCAGAUCCUGUAAUGAAUGUAAUGUGAUCCAGAGUAAACAAAAAAUUUGUGUCAUUGUGAGGAUACAAGCCUUUGCAUGUUUUAACAGAUAACACUCUAGAUUCCGUGGUUUAAAACAGAUCAGACCAAACAAAAACAAUCCUAACAGAUGAAAAUUAAGUGUUAGUAUGUGAUAGUUUUCCUUUUUUAUAGUGCUCCAAAUAUAUAUAGCUUAGUUCUCAAAUUUAAACUACAUGUAUAUACAUCAUGUUCAUGUACAAGCACAUCGGUUUGAGAUUCCAGGAAUGAUAAUAUUCAUGAUAAGAAACCAAGAUUGAAAGCUUUCAAUUUAGACCUUGGUACAGUUGCAAAGUUGUGUUUUUUUUAUAGACAAUUGCUUUGAAAACAAAAGAAGUUCAUUGAGGGAUAUAAAUGGCUUUGUAAGCAAUUUAAACUUAAUCUUUGUAAACUUAUUUUUCUAUGACAGGAAUGUUUGUAACGUACCGGGUAGUUUUAUACCCAAAGCAUUUAUGGGCUUAAAUGCUAGGCUAGAUAUACAGUGUAAUUACAAUUUUGAUGGGGAAAUAUGUGAUGACGGGAAAAUAUGUUAUCAAUGUAAUGGAAUGAGAAUGACAGUCUAGUAGUUCUUCAGGAUUGUAUUUAUUAUUUAUUGAAUGAAUAUAUUCUUGUCUUUGCCAUUUUUAUGUGAGGUUUUCUCGUACAUCAUUAAUGUUAAAUUCAUGUGUUACAUUAUUGUAUAUGUGACUUCAAAAUUGUAUAAAUUUAUUAUCUAUUUAUAUGUCAAUAAAGUAGUUAAAUUGAUUUUUGUAUUACGACAAUGCCAUGUGUUUGUGUGUAUAAAUGUUAUAAGAUCAGUGGUUAUAUUACUUUAUAGUUCAAUGUACAAUUUCCUUUUACUGUACAAUUUCCAUAACUCAGUAAUUUUACUAGGAGGAAGUUUUAUGUGUUAUGUGAAAUGCUAAAUCAUAUGUAAUAUUCUGCAGUUAAAAAUAUGGAAAUUAAUUUUUAAAAAUGAAAACACCAUUUUUAAGUUUAAGUUUUUUAAACAAAGUUCAAAGUAACAAUUCAAACAAUGUCAAACUUAAGUUAAAAUAUCUAAAGAAAAUGUUAACAUGCUUUUGUAGUAAGUCCCCGCACCAGUUUAAUAUAAAAACUGCUUAUUUAUAUCUGACCAGAUAUUAUUUUACCUGAACAGGCAAAAAGCUAAACGUUCACGUAUAUGAAGUAGCAUUGUAAUGAUACAGUAAAAGCAGACAUUAUAUUCAUUGCACUUGAAUUAAAUUAUGAAAAGACA